AAUGACAUUGCUGCUCGGUCCUCCAAGCUCAGGAAAAACCACACUUUUAUUGGCAUUGGCUGGGAUGCUUAAUCAAGAUCUUAGGUUCUCGGGGAGGGUUACUUAUAAUGGCCAUGACCUUCGAGAGUUCGUGCCUCAAAAGUCUGCUGCUUAUAUAAGUCAACAUGAUCUCCAUAUACCUGAAAUGACAGUCAGAGAGACCUUGGCUUUCUCUGCCAGAUGCCAGGGGGCUGGUUCACAAUAUGACAUGCUAGUGGAAUUGUUAAGGAGAGAGAAAGCAGCUAAUAUUAAGCCAGAUCCUGAUGUUGAUAUAUUUAUGAAGGCGGCAGCUACAGAAGGCCAAGAGAUGAACAUUGUUGUGGAUUAUGUGUUGAAGAUUUUAGGACUUGAAGUCUGUGCAGAUACCUUGGUAGGGGAUGGGAUGCUAAGAGGAAUAUCUGGAGGGCAGAAGAAACGUCUUACUACAGGUGAAAUGCUGGUUGGACCAGCUAAGGUGUUGUUGAUGGAUGAGAUAUCAACUGGUUUGGACAGCUCCACUACUUUCCAAGUCGUAAAUGCACUCAAGAAUUACGUCCACGUUCUUGAUGGGACCGCUUUGAUCUCUCUCCUGCAGCCCCAGCCUGAGACUUAUGAUCUCUUCGAUGACAUUAUUCUCCUCUCUGAUGGACAAAUUGUGUAUCAAGGGCCCCGUGAACACGUGCUCGAAUUUUUUGAAUCCAUGGGCUUUAGAUGUCCUGAGAGGAAAGGAGUGGCUGACUUUCUUCAAGAAGUGACAUCAAAAAAGGAUCAAGGGCAGUACUGGGCUCGUGAGAAUGAGCCUUACAGAUAUGUCACAAUCAAGGAAUUUGUACAAGCCUUCAAGUCAUUUCAUGUUAGCUUGAAACUUAAAACUGAGAUCAGCGCCCCAUUUGAUAGGAGCAAAAGUCACAGAGCUGCCUUAACAACCCAGAAGUAUGGUGUUGGAAAGAAGGAGCUUUUUAAUGCUUGCAUGUCAAGAGAACUCUUGCUGACAAAGAGGAACUCGUUUGUUAUCAUAUUCAAGCUCAUUCAGCUAUUAGUAACAGCAUUUGUCACGAUGACGGUCUUCCUACGAACUGAGAUGCAUAGAGAUUCACAAAGUGAUGGAGGGAUAUUCAUGGGAUCUCUCUUCUUCAUACUUUAUGUGAGCAUGCUUAAUGGAUUUUCAGAGACGUCCAUGACCAUUGCAAAGCUUCCUGUUUUCUACAAGCAAAGAGCAUUUCUCCUUUAUCCUCCUUGGGCAUAUGCUCUUCCUUCAUGGUCCAUUAGGCUCCCCAUUUCAUUAAUAGAAGUAGCUGUUUUUGUUUUCCCCAUUUAUUAUGUCAUUGGAUAUGAUCCAAAUGUUGGCAGGACCCCAAUUUUGGGAAACACAUUUGCUGCUCUUGGGUUGAUAAUUUAUGUUGUGUUAGGUGGUUUUGUCCUCUCCAAAGAAUCUGUGAAGAAAUGGUGGAUAUGGGUAUACUGGUCAUCUCCUAUGAUGUACGCGCAAAAUGCACUUGCAGUAAAUGAAUUCCUCGGAGAGAGUUGGAGGCAUCCAGUUUAUCCAAAUUCAACAGAAACACUUGGCAUUGUUGUUCUGAAGACUCGUGGAAUGUUUCUAGAUUCAUAUUGGUAUUGGAUAGGAGUAGGAUCAACUAUAGGAUUCACAUUGGUAUUCUGUUGCCUCUUUACAGUUGCUCUCACUUACCUCAACCCAAUUGAGAAGAGUGAGGCCUUCAUAUCAGAAGAAACCUUUCAAAGUAAACAAGAUGAUAAUAAUGACAAGAAAACCCAGCUCUCUUGCCAAGGAGCUGAAUCUGCAGGAAAAGGAAAUGACGAGAUAAGAAGAGUCUCCUCUACCAUAACAUCCACGGAGAAUUUUGAAACCAAUGCAGGGGUACCCCAAAGACGAAGGAGAAGAGGAAUGGUCCUUCCAUUUGAACAAUUUUGGAUCACUUUUGAUGCAAUUAGAUACUUUGUGGACAUGCCACAGGAAAUGAAAAACCAAGGUGUCAAUGAAGACAGACUAGAGCUUUUGAAAGGUGUAAGUGGCACAUUUAGGCCUUCUAUUCUGACAGCGCUAAUGGGUGUUAGUGGUGCUGGGAAAACCACUUUGAUGGAUGUUCUAGCUGGCAGGAAAACGGAUGGAUACAUUCAAGGAAGCAUAACAAUUUCAGGGUACCAAAAGAAGAAAGAAACAUUCACUCGAAUUUUUGGUUAUUGUGAACAGAAUGACAUUCAUUCUCCCCAUGUUACCAUCUAUGAGUCCUUGAUCUACUCAGCCUGGCUUCGCCUACCUCCUGAAGUUGAUUCUGGGACUCGAAAGAUGUUCAUUGAGGAGGUAAUGGAACUUAUGGAAUUGUCGCCAUUAAGGGAUGCAAUGGUUGGGUUGCCCGGUGUGAAUGGUCUAUCAUUGGAGCAGCGCAAGAGACUAACAGUUGCAGUUGAGCUCAUGGCAAACCCCUCAAUAAUAUUCAUGGAUGAGCCAACCUCAGGUCUUGAUGCAAGAGCAGCAGCCAUUGUCAUGAGAACAAUCAGGAACACUGUUGACACAGGAAGAACCGUAGUCUGUACAAUCCAUCAACCAAGCAUUGAAAUCUUUGAAGCUUUUGAUGAGUUGUUUUUAAUGGCACGAGGAGGACAAGAGAUAUAUGCAGGGCCAUUGGGUCACCAUUCUUUUCACUUAAUCAAAUAUUUCGAGGAGAUAGAAGGAAUAAGUAAAAUCAAGGAUGGUUACAAUCCGGCAACAUGGGUUCUAGAGGUCACAACGUCAGCACAAUCAGACUUAGGAAUUGAUCUCAAUGAUGUAUACAGGAAGUCAGAAUUGUAUAGGAGAAAUAAGGCUCUUAUUAAAGAACUAAGCAUCCCUGCUCCAGGAACAAAAGAGCUUUACUUCCCUACAAAAUACUCACAAAGUUUCCUCACCCAAUGGAAAGCUUGCUUGUGGAAACAAAAUUGUUCAUAUUGGCGCAACACAGCAUAUACUGCUUUCAGACUUUUGUUCACAGCUUUUUUAGCUUUAGUGUAUGGAAGUAUGUUCUGGGACCUCGGCUCCAAAAGGAAAAGGCGACAGGAUUUAUCUAAUGCAAUGGGUGCUAUGUACACUUCUGUUUACUUCAUUGGUGUCAUAAACAGCUUUUUAGUGAUACCGGUUGUUGGUAUCGAACGAACAGUCUUUUAUAGAGAAAGAGCAGCAGGAAUGUAUUCAUCCCUAGCAUAUUCUCUAGCACAGGUUGUGAUUGAGCUUCCUUAUCUUUUCAUACUAGCUAUAGCAUAUGGUGUUAUAAUCUAUGCGAUGAUUGGAUUUGAGUGGAAUGCUACUAAGUUUUUCUGGUACAUGUUCUUCAUGUUUUUCAAUUUGUUGGACAACACAAUCUUUGCUAUGAUGCUUGUGGCUUUGACACCAAACCAACAAGUCGCCUAUAUUGUUAGCACUGCUAUCUACUCGCUAUGGAACUUGUUUGCAGGCUUCAUUAUCCCCAGACCUAGAAUUCCAGUUUGGUGGAGAUGGUAUUCUUGGACAUCUCCACUUACUUGGACGUUCUACGGAUUGAUUGCCUCACAAUUUGGAGAUGUGAAAGACAUGCUUGAUACAAAUGAAACAGUACAAAGCUUUAUCCGAAGUCAUUAUGGUUUCAGACAUGAUUUUAUUGGGGUUGUUGCUGCCCCAAUUGUUGCAUUUGCAGUGCUCUUUGCUCUCAUCUUUUCUGUUUCAAUAAAAGUGAUGAACUUUCAAAGGAGGUGAAAGGUUAGAAGAUUAUUAUGUAGAAAUGCAGAACUUGUGUGCUCAACACCAGAAAUAAUCUGCUAUGGAAAUGGAAAAAUGUUUCUACUUUUCGUCCUAUUUAGCAUUUUUUUGGAAUCAAAGGCGAAUUUAUUGCUUGGAACUUGAAACAUAGUCUGCAAAGCCAAUUUAUGGGUUUCGAUUG